UUUGGCCUGGCAGUGACACCGCGCAAGCGCGGAGACGAAGACAAAUUAGGGCUCCGUCGAGCGCGCCGCUUAUCGUCGAGGCCUGAGUGCGGCCAGCAGCGACCGUCGAAAUGCAUUCUCCGGCGACGCGCACGUGGCUUGUGGCUCUCUUCGCGACUGCUUACGCGUUACCUGUUGCGGAGGAGAUGCUUGCGGACAACCCGUGGCCAGAUGCAUGCCCCGAGCCGUACGUGCGAGAAUCGGAGGCCUUUUUGCGAGAUAUCGUGUCAAGAUUAAAAUCCAUCUUGCCCGUCAGUAUUCCAGUUCCGGAUGUGUCCGCCCACGAGUACACUCUCUUCAACGGCACACUGUCACCCCUGCACCUCACCGACGUCAACGUGAUCGUCGAGGAGGCCAUGUGCCAAGAAACGGAGCGCCAUUUCCCGUUCACCAUUUCUGUGAGCAAGAUGGACGGUAUGUACGAGUAUCAUCACCACCGAGGACACAACGACACAGAACCCGAAGACCACGGCCACGUCGGCGUCACGUUCUCCGGUGCCUACAUGAGGGGCACGCUGAGCCAGAAACUGCAAGCAGGCAGCGCAGAAGGCAACGGAGUAACCCUGACGCAACCUGAGUUCAGCCACUUCAAGAUUACGCUGGGGAAUUUUAUGUCGUACCCGAACAUACGGAGUUACCCGCUGAAGCGGCAGAGUAACGGGGCAUCGUAUACCCAGAUGAAGUGGGCUGCCAAAAGAACUUUCUAUCCACUCUUCAUAUGGCUCCCUGAAACGCACGUUCUGCCCGCUCUGCGCCAGGCGUACGGAGGCAGGUUAAUUGCUCAGGUAGGAAAUAGAAAUGCUGAACUAACCGUGCAGCACUGAAAAGUCUCCGUUGUUCUUCAAAAACAGAAGCAAAGGGAUGUUGGAAGUUUUGAAGUUUCUUUUGCUUGGAAAAUUGAAUGACCUUUAAUUUUCCUUUUCCCUUGUGCCAAUUCACAGAGCGUCUCCUCUCUUUAAAGGCGUUAAUUAUACGAGUAAAAACAGCGUGGUUACCGCGUUUAGCAAAUAAUAACACGGUAACUUGAAUAACGGUAGCCAUUUUGACAUGCGCCGUGAUGUUACUUUUAAAUAAAAGUAACAGCCAUAUAGGUUGUGAUUUUUCAUAAAAUUUUUUUGAUAGGUCAAUGUUGCAGAAACCGAAGGAAAAUAGCAUCAGCUUAAAGAAAUAUUGCCACGACGCAUCCGAAUGAAAAUAGCAUCAGCUUAAAGAAAUAUUGCCACGACGCAUAUUAGGCACGUCUACCUUUGUCUGAUGCGUGAUACGCUAACGGGAUACGCCACGGCGAGACACCCCAUGUGCAUGAGCGUCCCAUACUUUCACUACUGCGGUGGUAGCGGUCGUUACCGCGAGCGUAUAGUUAAUAUAACUAGUAAUGGAGGCAUAGUUACCCAUAGCGACUAUGCGUUGAAAUCGGUAACCGCAAGUGGGCAAGUGGGACAUAGGCUCCAAGUUGACAGGCGCGGUCGACGAGAUGCUAUUCAGAAGAGACGCGCAAUGAACGCGAUCCCGAACCUCCCUCGAUAUGGUGGCGCCGUCUAGUUCAGGCGCCUUCAAACGUACCCUUUCACACAUCGUAAGUUUUACAUGGCAAAUAUAUAAAGAGCCAUCAAAUAUUGCGCAAAAAUAUACCGAAUGAACUUUACUCAUUUGCGAUACCUACGUGUUAUUUGUACGUGCUUGUUCUUACAUAUUUCGGUUAUCUUUAGCUUUAAAAAAUGGAAGGUAGCACCAGGACGCCACCUUCUUCGUUCAGCUUGUCGUCUGAAGGAAAUAUAAUAACUAUGCGACCUCGGUUGCCUCGGUUACCACGGUUGCGUUACAACGUGGCAGAUGCCCUGGCUGCCAGAUCCGAUACGAAUAGGCCCUUGCGACUUGGCCGCCGUCGUGAAAGUAAGAAAUAAAUGUUAAAAGUGGUCAUUGCUUAGUCUCAUCUAACGUUGUUGUGAAAACUUUGCCACAAUUGAUAUCAGCAGUUUUUUUUUUCACGUUAGGCCUGAAGCCGAAAUCCCACCGAGCUGCGAUUGUGUUUUGGUUUCUACCUACCAGGUGGCGCCACUGCGUCACCAUUGUUCGAACGUUGGCAAUGCGGAGCACGCUAUAAGUCUAAUUCUUCACAGAGUCCUUAAUUUAAAUUUGUGCUUAAGUAUGGGGUGCGAUGAAUGUAUACUAAAUGCUUGAUGUAUCUAUAUAAAUACCACACAACCAUGGAGAGCUGGUGCAUGCGCAUUAGGCCUAAAGUAUCGCGUAUCACGGUACACGCAUCACGCAAAGUUAGAACACCCUAAUGCACUUUUAGACGUUGACGUUAGCCCCGAAACGGUACAACGUGCCAAGUUGCAUUUCAAUGAUAACAUCCACAGCGCUGUGCGACUUCUAGCCCAUAGGACAGGAGACCUACGCAUAGAGAUGACGCUUGGUGCUAAACAUCAUUAAUACUACGCAGGUAGAAAUAAGUUCAUUAUGGUGUUUUCUAUAUGCCCGGGUUUUAUAGGGGAUUUACGAAAAUAGUAACAGCGGCUUUUAUUCAGAGGAUCACGUUGAACACACCGCUUUUGCUAGGUAAACAUAAUAUUAGACAGAAGUUAGAGCUCCUUAGAAGUACGAACCACAUAAUGGGGUGUCCUUUAUUAUCCUCCUUUUCUUGGUAUCAUGUCUGAGAAAACUUGGCUCAGUUAUUUAAAGAGCAUGUUGGAAAGAAUGUGAGACCUUUAACUUAUUUCAGACUGUGUAUAACAUUAGAAUGCUUUCCUCAUUAGUGGUCGUGUGGUAUUAAGUAGCCCAGGAGCAGCACGACUUUAUUUUCAUUCCCGAGUGGCUUGUCUCGCCUAAUAAAGAUAUGAAUUUAUCGU